AUGACGAAGCAAUGUACGGUAUCGCCGGUCAAGACGGCAAUGAAGUGUUUCGUCGGGGCUUGGGGGUUCAUCAACUCGACUCUCGUAAACACCACGUCUGGUGAUAUCAUCACCGCCGACUGGGCUUACCCGGUUCCCUCCGGCAUGUCUCUGUUCACACCCAACGGCUACACGGCGUUACUCGUCACAGCGAACGACACUACCCGACCGGACCUGAGGCCUCAGGGACUGGACCAGAGCAACCCAAGCUCCUCUCCCGAUUCCGAGUGGGCCAAGAUUGGAAAGUACAGCGUUGCGGGUGCCGGACCUUACCAUCUCUCCAACGUGACGGGAGAGAAGGGUCCCGAGGGUCCGCAGGGUAUCAACUCUGGAGAGUUCCUGACUUCGACGCUACCGGCUCGCCUUGGACCCUACGAGUUUUCCUUCAAGUUCUACGACGACUGUUCAGUCUGGAACUUACAUCAGGAUGUUGGGGCUGGAUUGCAGAGAGUUGCGUGGUACUACAGACUUCCCGACCAAGACGAUUACUGA